AUGGCCAGACUCACCCUCAAGUCCACCCAAAAGCUGCUCUCGGGCUUCGAGAUCCCCGUCCUGGGCUACGGCGUCUACCAAACCCCAACAAACGUCGCCGAGAGCGUCACCGUCGAGGCACUCAAGCUCGGCUACCGACACAUCGAUUCGGCGGCGGCAUACAAGAACGAGAAAGAAGUAACGGCUGCAAUUUCCAACGCCGGAAUCCCCCGGUCGCAAGUCUUUCUCACCACCAAGAUCCCCCCGCCCGCGAACGGAUACGAGAAUGCGAAGCAGAGUAUCGAGGAUAGUCUGAAGCAGGCGGGGACGGAUUAUUUUGAUUUAAUCCUAAUCCACGCCCCCUACGGCGGAAAAGAAGGCCGACUCGGCGCCUGGAAAGCCCUCGUCGAAGCCCAAAAAGCCGGCAAAACGCGCUCGAUCGGCGUCUCGAAUUACGGAGUCCACCACCUCGACGAGCUAGAGAAGUACAUCUCUUCCGGCGGCGGCGGCCAGAUCGAUGUCGGGCAGUACGAGCUGCACCCGUGGCUGGCGAGACCGGAUAUUGUCGAUUGGUUGAAGAAGAGAGGGGCUGUGGUGCAGGCUUAUUCGCCGCUGGUCAGGAAUACCAAGGCUGAUGAGCCUGUGCUGAAGGAGUUGGGGAGGAAAUAUGGCAAGACGACGGCGCAGGUGCUGAUUCGGUGGAGUUUGCAGAAGGGCUUCGUUCCCCUUCCGAAAUCGGUUACUCCUGCGCGUAUCAAGGAGAAUGCGGAGGUGUUUGACUUUGAGUUGAGUGAGGAGGACAUGGCGAAGCUGGAUACGGGCAAAUAUGAGCCUUGUGCAUGGGAUCCCACUGUUGAGAGGGAUGCGUCGCCCUCGUUGUAG